AUUUUCUCUUCUGUCAGUUCAGUCAAGCGGUUGCAAUCGUGGCGUAUGUUUGUUUUUGAGUUUAACUUGUUAUCUUAUCAGAAAUUCCGACGAGUUGUGUGUAUAUUAUAAUAGUGUUACCGCCCACGCUUUUCCGCUUGUAAACAAAUCCCAAAAUGAGCGGUAAAAUGUAUUUCGGGGGUGUUGAAGGGGGCGCGACACAUUCGAACCUGGUUAUCUGUGACGAGACCGGCAAGGUUGUAGGGCAAGCCAAGGGCCCCGGUACCAACCAUUGGGCCCUGGGUAUUGAAAAGUGCGCCUCACGCGUCAUCGCUAUGCUGCAUGCUGCAAAACAAGAUGCAGGCAUACCUAUAGAUAUGCCACUGGAUUCACUCGGACUGACGCUGUCCGGGUGCGAGCAGGACAGCAGCAACGCAGAGCUGGCUGCGCGUGUGCUAGAGGGAGACAAGUAUAGCGCUCGCAAGGUGUAUGUUGCGUCGGACACCGCCGGCUCGCUGUUCACUGGGGCGCCCUCUGGUGGCAUGGUGCUCAUUGCUGGGACUGGUUCCAAUGCGUUAUUGCGCACUUCUGACGGCAAGCAACAUGGAUGCGGGGGGUGGGGGUACCUUUUGGGUGACGAAGGAGGGGCAUAUUGGAUAGCAUACCGCGCGGUGAAGACGGUGUUCGACGACGUGGACGGUCUUCGCGCCGCGCCGCAUCCCACACACCGCGUCUGGGAACUCAUCCGGGAACACUUCAAUGCAGACACCAGAGCUGACCUACUGCCGCAUUCUUAUAAACACUUCGACAAGUCAUAUUUCGCUGGUCUGACGGCCAAGCUGUCGCAGCUGGCGCGCGAGGGCGACGCGCUGAGCGCACACCUGCUGGCGGCGGGCGGGGCGGCGCUGGGCGCGCACAUGGCGGCGCUGUGCGCGCGCGCAGCUCUGCCCGCGCCCCGCCUGCGCGUCGUCUGCGUCGGCUCCGUGUGGCACAGCUGGCACGCGCUCAAGCCCGGCCUGCUCACCCAGCUCGCCGACAGACAGGUGAAAACUGAACUGGAAUUAGUCCGUCUGCGUGUAUCCAGCGCGAUGGGCGCGGCGUGGCUGGCAGCUAAACAGGUUAACUACGACUUGCCCAGAGACGACUCAGCAUUCUGUGACGUCUUUUAUACCUACCGACCUUCUGAGAUGCUCAAUGGUAACGUAAACGGUAAUAUUAAAAUUAACGGUAAGAUAGAAAACGGUUACCAAGGAUGUGGAUCCGGUGUUAUAGGUUACGUGAGUGUUAAGGAGAAAGUUUCAGCUGCUACUAUAGUGAAUGAUAGUUUAAAAGGUAGAAGAGAGAAAUAUAACUUUAUAGCAGACGUGGUAGCUGUUUCUGCUCCUUCAGUUGUGUAUAUAGAGAUCAAAGAUGGGAGACGACUGGACUUAUAUACCGGCAGUCCGAUAACACUGUCUAAUGGUUCAGGAUUUGUGGUGAAGGAGGAUGGAUUGAUACUGACAAAUGCUCAUGUUGUUGUCAACAAGCCUAACGCUAUAGUAGAAGUUAAACUUCUUGACGGUUCAACACACAAGGGUGUUGUAGAAGAUGUUGAUUUAAAAUCAGAUUUAGCAACACUCCGUAUUCCAGUUAAAAACCUACCAACAAUGAAGCUUGGCUCCUCUGCUGAUAUAAGGCCAGGAGAAUGGGUAGUAGCUAUGGGUAGUCCUUUAGCUUUAAGUAAUACAGUCACAGCUGGGGUAGUGAGCUCUGCCCAGAGAGCUAGUGAAGAGCUCGGAUUGAGGGGUAAAGAUAUGGUAUACAUUCAGACAGACGCACCUAUCACGUUUGGCAACAGCGGAGGACCACUAGUCAAUUUAGACGGAGAGGCAAUCGGAGUGAACAGUAUGAAGGUGAUGUCGGGGAUAUCAUUUGCCAUACCCAUUGACUAUGUCAAGGAGUUUUUAGCUAAGAGCCGUAGUAAGUCACCGCCGGUGUCAAAACGUUACCUCGGCAUCACGAUGCUUUCUCUCACACCCAACAUACUUAUCGAGCUCAGGAUGAGGAAUCCAGAGAUGCCUUCAGAUAUAAAGCACGGUAUCCUGGUGUGGAAGGUUAUCAUUGGCUCUCCGGCUUACAAUGGCGGACUACAACCUGGAGAUAUAAUAACAAACAUCAAUGGGAAACCAGUUUAUAGUGCGACAGACAUCUACUCCCUUUUAGAGAGUACUCUAGGCCGCUUGGAGCUGGAGGUGGUGCGAGGACACAAGAAGAUGUCUCUCACUGUCACACCCGAGAUACAUUGACUGGAUACUUAAUAAAUUAUCACCGGCAAAUCUCGAACACCGUCUAUUUGUUAUUCG